GCCAGCGACUAUGUGGACGGAUCAUCCUUCCACGCCGACCGCAAGGAAAGAGAGAAGGAGAAGAGAGAACAAGAACGCCUGGAGAAGGAGAAGCUGCAGCAGCAGAAAUAUACGUUGGUGGAAGAUUCAGAUAAUUCAGAAUCUCCUCCCAAGAAGCGCAGCCGGAAGAAGAAAAAGAAAAACAAGAACAGAGACAGCUCAGAGAGUUGCUCCCCGUCUCCCCGACGAGAGAAGAAGAAAUCCAAAAAGAAGAAAAAGAAACGUGAGUCAUCAGAAGACGAGGAAGAAGACGACAGUUCCUCAGAUGAGAAGCAGAAGGUCUCAGAGAAUAAAGAAAGAAGAGUGAAAAAGAGGCCCAAUCUUGAGAGAGAAAAAGAGCGACUGAGUGAGGUGGAGAAGACCUCCGCCAAGAGGAGACAUGACUCUUCAUCCCCUUCUCCACCACCACAGACAGGAAAAAUCAUGGAGAGGGAGAAAGGGACGAGGUCCAGAAGCAAACAGAAGGAGAGUGUGGAAGGGAGGCGCUCAAGAAGCAGAGAGGUGGAGAAAAGGAGGCGUUCAAGGAGCAUAGAAAACGAGAGGGAGAAAGGGAGGCGUUCACGAAGCAAAGAAAAGGAGAGAGAGAGGGUAAAGCGAUCCAGAAGCAGAGAGAUGGAUAAAGGAAGGCGAUCGAGGAGCAGAGAAAUGGGAAAAGGGAGGCGUUCAAGGAGCAGAGAAAACGAGAGGCAGAGAGGGAGGCGCUCCAGAAGCAGAGAGAUGGAGAAAGGGAGGCGUUCAAGGAGCAGAGACGUGGAGAGAGGGAGGCGUUCAAGGAGCAGAGACGUGGAGAGAGGGAGGCGCUCCAGAAGCAGAGAGAUGGAGAAAGGGAGGCGGUCAAGGAGCAGAGAAAAUGAGAGGCAGAGAGGGAGGCGUUCGAGGAGCAGAGAGAUGGAGAAAGGGAGGCGUUCCAGGAGCAGAGAAGUGGUUAAAGGGAGGCGUUCGAGGAGCAGAGAAGUGGUUAAAGGGAGGCGUUCGAGGAGCAGAGACGUGGUUAAAGGGAGGCGUUCGAGGAGCAGAGACGUGGUUAAAGGGAGGCGUUCGAGGAGCAGAGACGUGGAGAAAGGGAGGCGUUCCAGGAGCAGAGACGUGGAGAAAGGGAGGCGUUCCAGGAGCAGAGACGUGGAGAAAGGGAGGCGUUCCAGGAGCAGAGACGUGGAGAAAGGGAGGCGUUCAAGGAGCAUAGAAAAGAGGGAGAGAGGAAAGGAGAGUGAGAGGAGUGGAGAGAGGGAGCGCAGGACCGAGAGAGAUCUGCUGUCGAGGCCACCAAAUGAAAGGGACAACAGGAAAGACACCGGAAGGAGACAGGAGAGAGAGACAUCUCCUUCCCAACAGAAAAAUGACAGAAGAAGAGAUCCCCCGUCACCGGCCUCCCGAUCACCCGUCACCAACGGGCGCCAAAGGGAGGAGGAGAGGAGGAGAGACCAGGACAGGGAGAGCACCAAAGAGAGGGAGAGGCAUCUGAACAAGCAGAGCGAACAAGACAGAGAGCGAGGUCAGGAAGGCGGCAGAAAGAGAGACGAGGGUGCGGAGAAAGGCAGAAGAGCGGAGAUAAACAAGAGCCAGGAGAAGACGAGAAGCCCUCCGAGGAAGGAGAAACCGGCCGAGAAGAGAAGAGAGAGCAGCAGCAGCAGUGGUAGCAGCAGCAGCAGUAGCAGCAGCAGCAGCGGUAGUGACAGUGACAGCUCCUCGUCCUCCUCGUCAUCUUCAUCUUCCUCUUCGUCCUCAUCCUCUGAAGAUGAGGGCAAGCCGAAGGAGGCGGGGUCAGCAGGGAAAGAAAAAGGUGCACCGUCCGUUAUUGGGGCUGCCGUUCAGAGGUAUAUAGCCAACGGUAAAAAGGAAAGCCCGGCCUCUGCUCCAGAGAGCGACGGACCUCGACGAGUCCAGAAGGAGAGAGAAGCCGGAGGAGACAAACAUGAGAGGGAGAGACCGCCUCACAGAGCUCCCGCAGAGAGUUACCCGUCCCGGACAAAAGGUCAGGAGCGAUACAGCCCCACACAGAUGGACAGCCCCAGUCCGCCUCCUUCCCCGUCCAACAGAGCGGACGGCAGCAGAAGCAGCAACAGGAACGCCUCCCCCCCUCCGGUCAAAGCAGAGAGAACCAGGGUGGAGGUGAAAGUCGGGGAAAGGGACAGAGGGAGGGAGAGGGAGGCACCCAGGAGGCCGGUGAGGUCUAGCCCUCCAGCCAGGAGGUCGCGCUCUCCGCCCCAGAAAACCUCCAUCUCCUCCCCGGCCCGUAGAACUCCACCGAGGCAGUAUCAGGAACCGCUGCCGCGAUCCAGGAGAGCUUCUCCUCCUCCGGCCUGGUCAGACCGGGAGAGAGAGAGGCAGCGGGACAGAGAGAAGGAGAGGAACAGGGAGAGGGAGAAGGACAGAGAACGCGAGCGGAUCGCCAGGAGAAGCAGGUCCAGAAGCCCGAGGAGGCGAAGCCCCCCCGGCAGGUCCCGCCGCUCUCCUCCACAGCGAAGGAGGAGCAGCCGCUCCCUCUCCAGAGAAAGAGCGAGAGAAAGGGAACAAGAGAGGAUUCGGCAGAGGGAGGUAGAACAAGAGAGACAAAGGGAGAAAGAGCGCCUGCACCAAAAAGAUGUUCCCCAACCCCGCAGGUCCUCGUCAUCCUCAUCCUCCUCCAGCUCCUCCUCUUCCUCCUCGUCCUCACCUUCACCUCCCCCAGAGAGGAAAGACACAAAAGCACUUCCAGAGAGAGACAGAAGAACCGAGCGAGAGGACGAGAAGAGAGAAGACCGAGAGCAGAAAAGUCGUUCCUCUUCUUCUCAGGGCCCUUCCAGACCCGCAUCUCACGUUCCAACCUCAGGUAGAGGAGGCUCCCAGGCGGACCCCAGGCGCCAUGACGUGGCCCCCAGAAGGUCUCCGGCUGGUGGCCAACCAGAAACCAAACAUGUGUCACCAGCGGCACCCCCUCAACCGUCACACCAAACGGUGAACGGGAAGGAGGCAAAUGCAAACAAGAAAGCCAACAGGAGUAGCAGCUCCAGCUCCUCUUCCUCAUCGUCGUCGUCCUCUUCGUCCUCCUCUUCGUCCUCCUCUUCAGACAGUUCUGACUCUGAAGUUGAGCAAGGAAAAGGGAAGACGGACAAAGCUCAGAGCUCUCCUUCCUCGUCUUCAUCAUCUGAGAAUGAAAAGGAAAUUAAGAAAAAGAGCCCUGCCAAGUCCGGGAGGGUGCCUGCUGAUUCGCUGAGAGAUUCUCGCUCACUCAGCUAUUCUCCUCCAAGGUACAUGAGAGCACCGUCGCCCUCGGCCCCUCGCAGGAGCGGCAGCAGGCAGUCACCGGUCCGCUCGUCAUGCGGCAGACGCAGGAAAUGAGCUGAAAACCGGAGACUCUUCACUUCUUUUUUUUGUGUCGUUUCUCUGGUCGCCUCUGGCUGGUUUGAAAUGGACUACAACACGGGCUCCACCGCCAGCGGUCAGUAGAUAUCCUGUGAACGUCAGGGGACUCCAUUUUGGUUCAGAGCGACCACACAGUUAUCAACAAAAGUGUUUGUUUUUUAAGCAACUACGACGACCAGAGGCUGGCUUGUACAUUUCUUUUUAUGAGCUGAAUAAGAAGCAUACACAGUUAAGUAAAACGUAACUCUAACAAUGUUCCUCUGUACUUGUAAUGUUUGUUGCGUUCUACCUGUAGAUACGAGCUGUCUGUAUUUUGGUUAUCAUGUAAUAGAUAAUCCGAUUUCCAUUUAAUGUGAGCAGAAACUGAAACGUGGGUAAUUUCUUUGGUGAAAAUGGUUAAUGAUAAUAAAAGGCAAUUGUACAUUUUA